GAACAGCCAUUAACCAAUAUUCAAUAUCAGUAGCCUAACAAUAUCAUCAUGCGGUCUAAGAUCCGUUCAUGCGUUCAGUCGACAGCAAUUAACGUUCAAAAUAUUUAAAAAAAUAUAUCUAAUUUUCGCCAUGGAUUAGAGCAACACGAAGCUAAUAUUGAAUUACUUGUUUAGUGCUAAUCGAAUGGGUAACUUAGCAAGAAAUCUUUUUGGAUUGUUUCUGUGCUUGCAAUGUGUGACAGAGUUGCAUGGAGUCUUGAUAAGAUUUACGAAUGUGACCUGCGAGAGCAAGGACCUGAGCAUGGGUGCAGUGGAGUACUGCGAAGUUAACACACUGGGCAGGACUAAAAACAGUAUCAGACUGCGCUACACCCUGCUAAAGCCAGUCUUUAAAGAUAUAUGGUUCCACUUUCAGCUAAUGACGAAGGGUACAGAAGGUUUCGACGGUACAUUAAAUUGGCAGCCCUUUCUAUAUGCAAUGGACCUUGAUAUGUGUCGAUUCUGGAAAAACCGCUACAACUACUUGGCCAGGAAGGUGUUUGAAAUUAUAGAAGGUUUCUCGAAUCUGAACCAUAGUUGCCCUUAUUCGAAAGAGAAAUUCAUUGCCAUUGAUGACAUUACCAAUACUCACGUAUCUAGCAAACUACAUGGUAUGCCAAUGGCUAAGGGCUUCUACUCCUUGUUCACGAAAUGGUCUACCGCAAACGUAACUCGAGUUCAGACCAACUUUUACUUCGAGGUUUUGAGUGUUUAAUAAAACAUAAAUUUUGUUUAUACACUGUUAUGGGUUUGACCAAAAUAUAUUUAC